AUAAGUACCUUGAGGUAGCCUACACAUGCCAAGAGGAUCAGGCUACAGUUGGUGCAUGUGUAGGUUGUUCUUGUAGGAGGUUUAUACCAGAGUUGAGCUGCGGAAUGAACUUGACUGCUGAAGAGAUUCUUGAGAUCUUAAGAAACGUAGAAAUUACUUUAGAUAACGCAGCAAAUGUCGCUGAAGAGUUGGAAAACGUCACACGUAUGGGCCAGAACAUCUUCCUAGAGGGUCUCAACGUAGUUGCAGAACUUCUUGAGGAUAUAAAUGAAAUAAAUUCUACAGAAACAAAGGUGGCUGAAUCUAUGGUAGGAAUUGUAAAUAACAUCGCAGCUUUACCUGACGAACUGCUUGGUAUGGCCGAGGAAGAGAAUAGCUCGCCAAGCCGUGUAGUCUUGGCUCUCGAAGCACAGCUUGCUGUCAUAGAAGUGGGAAAUGGAAGUAGUCGGUUUGUGGAAACCAAUGUUGCUGCUGAGGUACUUGAUGUGACUCCAGAGGACAUCAGCCAGGGUUAUACUGUCUUCAUGACUGUAACUGAUAACGGUGAGAGCAUCUCGGACGAAGACUUCAAGGUGGAAAGAGGUGACCUUACGCAAGAGCCAGAAGCCACCCAGGCACAUACUACACUCUUCAUUCCAUCGGGUUUAGCGGACAGGUUCUCUGGACGCAGAGGGCGUCUCGUCAUCACGACGUAUCGCUUGCCAUCUCUGUUCCAGGAUACGGGGAUUGCACAGUUCAACCAAGAUGUAGAAGAGAACAAUGGACCCUUGAAUUCUAGGAUCAUAUCGGCGUCUUUCAAUAACGAAAAGGUGGAGGAUUUGAGCGAACCAGUCAGGAUAUCGUUCACUCCUCUAAAUCCAAAUGGGACCAAUGCUCAGUGUGUAUCCUGGGACUUUGACAACAAAGCCUGGUCCCAACGUGGAUGUAACAAGACGAGUAAUGACACCAGUGACAGGAUUGAAUGCGAGUGUAAUCAUCUGACUAACUUCGGAAUUCUCUUGGAUAUAUAUGGAGGAGAAAAAUUAUCAAUUGAGGCAGAUUUUAUCCUCGAGAUCGUUAGCUAUGUUGGUUGCCUCAUGUCAAUAUUGGGCCUUGUUCUGACAAUCGUUACAUUUGCUACAAACAAGAAGCUCCGAGACCAGAAACCCAUCCAGAUUCUCCUAUCCCUCUGCUGUGCCUUACUAGGACUCUAUGUGCUUUCCCCUCUUCCUUGCUCGAUCCUGGCUGCAUUCCUCCAAUAUUUCAUCUUGGCAGCAAUUUUCUGGAUGGCCGUUGAGGGCUACAACAUGCAUAACCUCCUCGUACUGGUCCGAAAUUACUAUUUGCCACGGUUUAUGAAGAAAGCUUCGUUGAUCGCAUGGGGUUGCCCUUUGUUAAUAGUCGGGAUUACUGCAGGUGCUUCAAGACAGUACUACGCACAGACAGAUUUUUGCUUCCUUGCAUUCUGGCCUGUAAUCGGUGGUCUCUUGAUACCUAUUGGUGUCGUCAUGAUCUUCAACUUUGUCAUCUAUGUUCGGGUCCUCAUGCGACUGAACAAAACUAUGAAAGGACAACACCUGGACAAGACGGAGAAGCGCCAGCGGAUUCGACGUUUCCAGAAUGCAGUUUGCAUCCUGACUCUAAUGGGUCUCACGUGGUCUCUUGGUUACCUGAGCAUCAUACAACCAGCCAGUGCGGUUGUGCAAGGAAUCUUUACUGUACUGAACUCUCUUCAGGGGUUGUUCAUCUUCAUGCUGUAUUGCGUUAGACAGCCUCAGGUGCGCUUGACAUGGCGUUCCCAGUUCAAAUGCUGCUUACCUAAAUAUUUCACGACGCCCUCUGCGGCCAGUUCCGGUUCUGGACAACCCAGCUCAACGCUCAAGAACAGCUCAUCAGACCUGAAGGACGGCCCGUUCCCAACUCGGACUCCAGCGGAAAUCCGCCCAGAGACAGGAGGCUAGCUCCGCCGGAGAGACUUUCUAGAGCUUCGUAUGAUAAUGCUGGUACAGAGUGGUGAAGAUACCAUGUAGAACUGAUAGAUUUUGGAUUGGACCAAAGGGUUGUAAAAAAAUCAAACAUUCAAGUAUGUUUUCGAUAAAUAUAUAGCAGUUUAUUCCGACCGCUCUAUGAAUACAUCACUUAUUUCUUCUAUUACAGAUCUUCUUGUAGUUGAUUGAAUUUCCGUUGAUUGGCAUUAUUCGAACUGUUGGCGGUGGACUUCUAACUGGAGGGUUUUGUGUAAUAGGAUUAUUCCCCUUUUAACGAGUGAGUGAAGAAGAUGCAUUUUGUAAAUAUGUUUAUGAUAUACAUUAUGAUUUUUUCGCAUGGUAUAAUUGGAAUGAAGGUAACCGAUACGU